GCUCAAUCUGCACCAGGACCGACCCGCCCUGGCCUAGGCCGCGCGCUACGAGCGGGAUUCUGCGCACUGGCUGCGGACCGAGCGCCGAGCUAGGCAGAGCAGCGGCUGGCAUGGAGCUGCUGGCGCUGCACACGCGACGGCGGCGAGCGGCGCUGCUCCCACACCAGCCGCCGGCCGAACCGGAGCGCAAACGAGUAUGCAAGAGUUUAGAGCCCAUUCCAAAUGAGAGUGAUUUUUGCCACCAAUUAAAUGAAUGUGCUAUGGAUUACUGGACUAUGGAGCUGGAUUCUAAACAGAAAGAUUUUUCAAAAUCAUGGAAGCAAAGGUACUGCCCAGCCUUGCCCAAGAUGUAUUGCAGGAGAAUCUGGACACUUCAACCAUAUUAUGGGCUUCUAGAAGGAGAGCCUGCAAAGCGGCAAUGUUCGGUUUCUAAAAUUUUUAAAACGUCUGCAGAUGAGCGCCUACAUUUUUCUGUUACAGCCAUACCAUAUAGAAAAGUCUCAUUGUUAUUGUUCACAUCUGCUUUGGAGAGAUUAUACUACAGAUUAUUUUCAGGAGCCAGAAGUUUUGGAGACAAAAAAACACUGGAUUGCUUUAAAAUCAUUGCAUGAGUAAGUAGACUUUGCACAGGAUAUCUCUGUGGAAGUUGAAGCAAAGAACUACUCCAAGCAAUUUUUGGCAAGAGUGAAGGGCACCUGUAGUGGGUAGGCCUCAGCAACUGCUACAGACCAUAGAUUCUGUCAAUAGUAUCACCCUGCUAUCUGAGGUUUUACAGCCUGCAGGUGUGUGCAGGGUUAGACCCACAGCCAGCUGCCAGCCACUCUCAGUAAAGGUCUACUGAAUUUAGAACUCUUCAAUUAAUUGCAUCUCAGUUAAGACUCUUUUGAUUAGGCUCCAUUGAUUUUUUUCUUAAAAAAAACAAGGAAGAAAAUUAAAUUUAAGAGCUACACAUGAUCCAACACGAUGGUUUAGAAAUUAUUUACUCAUGUGUCAGAAUUCCAGAAGCUAAGGUUUCUGGCACAAUGUAGGGUUUUUUUAUGCCCAUUUUCUUUAUUAAAUAUACAUUUUAAUAUUUGUUAUUUAAAUCUAUAUCAAAAUAGGGAAGAGGUACAAUAUAGGCAAAUUAAUUUUGUAGGUUUUGAAAAUCCUUAUUUUAAAGUGCUUGAUAUCUUGACCUUAAGUUUGCAUUCAUGCUAGAUUUUGCAUGUAAUAUUGUCAAGCAUUUGACCAUGGAAAGCCAGUUAUAAUACAAGGCUAGAAGGAGGUUUUAUGGGUGAGAAUCUAUUAUUCUGAAUAGUAUUAAUUUAAAAUUUUGUAAAAUGAAUUUGGAGCUCAUGAAAGGAGAUUAAUGAUCUUUGUUUAUCUACAGAAUAGUUCCAGCGUGGGCAGAACAAUGAAGGCCCAGUCUGUGUAUCUCAACCCUUUCUAGAAUCAUCCAGGCCAAUGGCACAGAAUUCCUUCUCCUUGUCCUUGGUUUCUCUGCUGAGAUUUCCAAUCAGUGCUAAAUGUAAUGGUGUUUUGUGAUUUAGACACUUGCCCUCUAGGAAGUAGACUGAUACCCCCCCAACUCCUUCUAUAAAUUGGUAGACCACUGAACAACCAGCAAAUAGCAGUAACUUUGGAUCAUAAUCUCUAUCUAAGUACUUAUAUAGCACUCAUCACCAUAAUAUUUGAGUGCCUCACAAUCUUUAAUGGAUUUUAUCCUGCAAUUACCCCAAAAGGGGUGGAAGUAUUAGGCACAGGGUACAUUGAGAGACAUAUCCAAGAUCAAACAGGAAAUCUAUGGCUAAGCCAGGAAUUAAACCAAGGAUUCCUGACACCCAGUCUAGCGCUCUAUCCACUAGACCAUCCUUCACCAUUACAAAUCCAAUUCAGUCAGCAUCACCCCCACCGAAAUAUAUUCUGAAUUUAAAAACAUUUCAAUAACUUAAUUAUUCAUUAUAAUCAAUACUCGCAUACAAAUAAAAUAAACUGCGGUCUUGUCUUCCUACAGCUGGAUCUUCAGCUUUAAAAUUAUGUCAUUACCUCACUGUAUGACAACUUACACUUUCAAAAAAGCUCCAUAACUGAGGCUAUACCCAUGCAUCUUUACAUACCAUUGGGGUGCUAUAGCAACUGAGCAGCUUGUUUUCUCAUACCAGAACGAAGCACCAGAGAACUCAAAGAAUAGUUGUCUUUAUACCUAUAGAAAAAUAGUACAACAGCUUUUUAUUUAAAAUCCACCCCAAAUCGCAUCCAACAUAUUUUCUCUUGUAAUAAUUAUGCAAUCGUGUUAUUUCAGAAAACUGCAUAUAAAGUAAGUUCUAUUAUGAUUAAUUGUCCCAGUGGUUUAUGGUAACAUUUUCAAAGUUCCAGAUGGUCACACAGGGUUUAGUUUAAAAGAGUGUUGCACAUUAUUAGAUUUUCUGAUCGUGUGCUCUUUUGUGAUUCAGCAAACCUCUUCCUCUCCACACAACUGGCAUCCUCUUUAUUAUACACCCAAGAGGUAUGCAAGUCAAAAUGGAGUGCACUCAGAUGAAAAAAAAAUGGUAUUCCCAGUCAGACAUGCAGAUUAUAAAUUCCUUAUGCAGUAUAAACAAAACAAUGAGAAUUACAAAAGUUGCAGUGUAAGAGCUAUGCCUAUGACACGUGCAAGCUAAAAUAGACACUGGCAAUUUCUGUAUUGUUUUGCUAUCCUUCCCAUAACCCACAGUAGAAGACUCCCUGUAGGAACAUGCUCCAAUGUUAGCCUAACUAAAGCCCAC